UUUUCUCUCUCUCUCUCUCUGCUCAUCAGGGGUCUCCUUCUCUAGCUAUAUAAGGCACUCAGUUUCACAGGGCUAACGCUGUUCCAUACGAGCCUGACCAAAAUCGCCAAGUAGCAGCAGACCGGUCCUCUAAUAAGGAACUCAGCCAGCGCGCAUCGGAAACUCCGCCGAGAUCCUCCAGCGACCGCGGAGGAGGCUGAGGUUAUUUGGACUCCCGAGGAGCACCGUUCACAGAAAAAGCUGCUAAAGGCUCCCGGUUUAUUCCAAGGCAGCCUAAGUGCCAGGAUGACCCACUCUGCCUCGUCCUGCCUCCUCUUCCUCUGCCUUCUCCUGUGCUGCGUCACGGACUCGUCCUCCAUCUUCCUGCCGGAUUCCAAGGAACUACGCCAGCUGCUGAGCCGCUACGACUUGGAAGCAGACCAGAGCAACGCUGGCCCCGCGGCUGCUAACAGGACCAGACGGGCCAUUCUCUGGUCGGACCGCGAUGAGAUCCUCCAGCUGCACAACAAGCUGAGGGGCAGCGUUUACCCCACUGCCUCAAACAUGGAGUACAUGGUUUGGGAUGAUGAGCUGGAGCGGUCGGCUACUCACUGGGCUGAGGUGUGUGAGUGGGACCACGGACCCAAGGAUCUCAUCAAGGUCAUUGGACAAAACCUGGCAGUUCACUGGGGGAGAUACCGCUCACCUGCCUUCCAUGUCCAGGCCUGGUACGACGAAGUAAAGGACUACACCUACCCUUACCCUCAGGAGUGCAACCCGGAGUGCCCUGAGCGCUGCUCUGGGCCCAUGUGCACCCACUAUACCCAGAUGGUCUGGGCAACCACGAACCGAGUGGGCUGUGCUGUGCACGUGUGUCCGCAGAUGAACGUGUGGGGAGAAAUAUGGGAGAACUCUGUUUACCUUGUCUGCAACUAUGCCCCCAAGGGAAACUGGAUCGGAGAGACAUAUCACCUGUCGCCUUGUCCAAGUGCUCCGAGUAGGAGACAGAAACAACGGCGUUCGCCAUCAGCCUCUCAGCGCUCGGAGACAGAGGAUAUGAACGAGGUGGAAAAGCCUCAGGUACCGCUACCGCCUCGGACCACAUCCAAACCGACCCCCAGAGCUCCCAGGAAACCUCCAACCAAGCCCUCCUCUUCUAAACCUGCCACCCCAAGGAAAUCAUCUCCAAGGAAUACCAACAACCCAUAUCUUGCUCACAACAUAAAGUGCGAGACCAGGCUGCGGGACAAGUGUAAAGGAGCGACCUGCAACAGACACAAUUGUCCUGCAAAUUGUUUAAAUAAGAAAGGGAAAGUCUGGGGGUCUGCUUUCUACGAUGUGCAAUCAAGUAUUUGCCGAGCUGCCAUCCACGCCGGGGUCAUCGACAACAACGGAGGGCUGGUCGACGUCACGAGGAAAGACAAAGUCCCGUUCUUUGUCAGAUCCACAAAAAACGGAGUGGAGACUCUCAGCAAAUAUAGACCUGGCAACUCCUUUGUGGUGGCCAAAGUGGAAGAAUAUAAUGCUGACUGCUACACCACAGGGGCUGAAAUCUGUCCUUUUAGACAACCAUUCUCACACUGUCCAAGAAUCAUCUGUCCAGCCAGCUGUAAGGAUGAGCCCUCUUACUGGUCGCCUGUAAUUGGAAGCAACAUCUAUGCAGACAGCUCCAGCAUUUGCAAAGCAGCCAUCCAUGCAGGAGUAAUCAAAGCAGACGGUGGUUUUGUCGAUGUUCUGCCACUGGAAAGAAAAAGGAGUUAUAUUGGAGUCUUGAAAAAUGGCAUCCAAUCUGAAAGCCAAAGCGACACAGACGGAGGCUCCUUCAGACUCUUCGCCGUGAAGGUGUGACCCUUCUGAAGUCUGGGGACCAACAGAGUUUGCUCAGCCGGUCUGGAAAAGCAGAAAGUGCCCACAGGUUGGAUACCAUGACUCCUGUGCGCUGGAGUCCCUCAAAUAUACUAAGGCGCUUUGUCCCACCAUGUAUCGCUGUAAUCUCCAGUAAACAUGCUUCAUGAUCAUUUGGGCAUAUAGUAUUUUGAUGGUCUUUCUUUUUUACUUGUCUUUUCAUAGGCAUGCAUAAUCUGUGAAUACAGAAGAUUUUAUAGAUAUUAUUAUGAAUUGAACAGCUGGUGCUGAAAUAUUUUAGUUACACAGAAAUAAUUAUGUUUACAAUAAUGUUCAUAGUAAAGAUAUGUUAGUUUUCAUACACAAGAAUGUAUACUGAUCACACUGUAUUUAAUCCUUCUGUACAGAAAAUAUGUUGUUUUCUACAAUCAUUACAGUAUAUUAUUAUGUAACCUUUGAGAGCUGAACUGGGUUAUGAUUGCCUUUAUACUGUUGAACAUUUAGACCACAGGCUACCAAACUUUUUUGUUUUUGACAUACAAAUAACAGCGACAGAGACCUUUGACCCACAAUAGUUUUCUCUUUAUUUUGUUUUCAGAUUAGCAGGCAAAUCCGAUCCAAAUCCGACCUUUUUGCCGAUAUGCAACGCAUAUCCUUCUUUUCCAUUGCAGUGUGAACGGCCCAAUAACGAUCUAUUCGCACGAAACAAAUCAGAUUUGUGCCUUUUUUCCACAUGUGGUACUAAAUCGGACAUGUAUCCCAUAGUUUUCAAAGCGUCCGCAGUCUGAACGGUCAUGUUGCAUUUCAUCCGUCUUUGACGUCACUGUCCUGGCUCUCACUACACAUCCACACAGGCUUCUCUACAGCAGCAGCAGUCACGACUCCACAUAAGGCCAUUGUUAAUAGCUGUGCUCUUUUUUUUUCUUACCUUUCUUUGUCUUGUCAUGAUGAGUCUAAAUAUUGUUGACUCCCACUGCUCAAAACUUCGUAAUGCAAAGGUAUCCACUAAUACGUUUAUUUUUCUUAAAUUAAGCUUCUAGUAACAAUCACAUCGGCCAUUACUUCCGUAAAGCGCGCUGCUGUGUGACGUCUACUUUUUCCUUCUGUUAUGUGCGCACGCGGUCGCUUUGGCGUCUUCAAGCGUUCAGAUAGAAAUCUGAUGUUGGUCGUUUAAUCAGUAAUAUGACC